UUUCCCUUUUUUCUCUCUCCACCCUCUGCAACAAAACUACCUCAUGUGGAACUAAAAUAAAACCUAUGGGUUUCUUGAGCAACUGCCAAGUCAUGACCACCAAAUAUCUUCCCUUACUCCCACCACCCUGACCCUCCCAAUCUCUUUAUUACUACUUCCUUCCAAUGGCACAAGUUCAAGACACAGACAAUCACCGCAUUUCCUCGCCAACGCAAGUUCCCAUGGCCGAUUUCCCGCGAGAUCUGUUGAGAACCUUCAUGGGAGUCAACAGGCAUCACAAUUUGCCUCUUCCCGUCGACGAUCACCACGUCCACGAGGAACUCGAGCUCAGCCUGGGGCUCUCUCUCAACGGUCGAUUCGGGGUGGACCCCACCGCCAAGAAGAUAAAGCGAACCACCUCCAUUCCCGAGUUCGUUAGAGACGAGGAUCCCGGGUACGCUGCCGUGGGGUGCACGCCGCCUCUCGUGAGGACGUGCUCCCUGCCCACCGAGACCGAGGAGGAGUGGCGCAAGCGGAAGGAGCUGCAGACGCUGCGCCGGAUGGAGGCGCGCCGGAAGCGCUCCGAGAAGCAGAGGAACUUGAAGGCUAUGAGGGAACAACAACAACAACAACAACCACCACCCAAUCCGGUGGAGCAAGGUGCAGGGGGAUUCGGUGAGGCUCCCUUGGGUAGAACCGUCUCGUUGACCACGCGGGUCAGUGGACUCGGCUUGAACGGGGAUAACGACAGAGAGAAGAUGGUGUUGGCAGUCACACCUCCCUCGCCUUCGCAGGCUUCCGUUGCUUCUUCCGCAACCUCAGAAGCUGAGUCUCACCAAGGUCAAGGAACAACACCAGCGGAUGCUAGAAGCCCUACUAGUGUUAACUUGUUGACAGAUAGUGAAAUGAAAUCACCAAUCAUCUCAAGAGCCAUGGUUAGAGAGAACAGAGAGAUUGCUGCAGUCUCAAUGACGAGAAGUCAGUCUAACAAGCAUUCACCACCACACAACAGAACCAAAGACAUUGUGAGGAACUUGUUGGAAGACAUGCCCUCUGUAUCCACAAAAGGAGAGGGCCCUAAUGGAAAAAGAAUUGAAGGUUUUCUUUAUAGGUAUGGGAAAGGUGAGGAAGUGAGAAUAGUGUGUGUUUGCCAUGGCAGUUUUCUCACCCCUUCUGAGUUUGUUAAGCAUGCUGGUGGUGGUGACGUGGCAAACCCAUUGAAGCAUAUUGUUGUUAGUCCAACCUUUUUGUGAGGCUAGAGAAAGAACCAAUCAUGAGUGAUCUAAUUUUUACUCUAUUGAUUCCUAUGUUCACUCUUAUACUCACAUUUACUUCUAAUCUGUCUGUUAUGUUCAAGUUCUGUUUUCAUUUGAAAUCAUAGAUAAUAUAUUAUUAUGGAAGAAUCUGAUUUCUUAUUCAAGUA